AUGCUGGGUCUCAGAUAUGGAUCAAGAAGUGUGGUGUCGGCAUUGCGUGCGAACAACAACAAUGGGUUUCGUAUUAUUACAAGGCAAUAUCAUCCAAAGGUUAUAGAUCAUUAUACGAAUCCUCGGAACGUUGGUUCAUUGGACAAGAAGCUGCCUAAUGUUGGUACAGGGCUUGUGGGGGCGCCUGCAUGCGGGGAUGUGAUGAAACUACAGAUUCAGGUUGAUGAUGCGACGGGGGUUAUUGAGAAUGUUAGGUUCAAGACGUUUGGGUGUGGUUCUGCGAUUGCUUCGUCGUCAUAUAUGACGGAGCUAGUUCGUGGUAAGACUAUCGAUGAUGCUGCGAAGAUCAAGAACACGGAGAUUGCAAAGGAGUUGUCGUUGCCGCCUGUGAAGUUGCAUUGUAGUAUGCUAGCUGAGGAUGCGAUCAAGGCGGCGAUCAAGGAUUAUAGGAGUAAGCGGAAGACUGUGACGGAGCUUAAAUGA